AGGAGAAGAGAAACUCAAAAGCACAAACAACACCUCAAGCACCCAAGCCAAAGAACCCCAAAUCCAAAUCCAAAUCCAAAGGAAAACAAAAACCAAAAUGCCACUCUCCGCACACGCCAAAUCCACCUACCGCGCGCUGCUCCGCGAACUUCCUCGCCGCUCCCUCUCCGCACCUACUACUACACCGCUGCACCACCGAAUCCGCGAAGCCUACCGCGCCACGGCGGAAAAAAAGCCCGGCGGCGAAAUCGAUGCAGAAGAGCUCCUUCUGCGCCGGGUCCAAGAGGCCGAACAGUUUGCGGUCUAUGCGCGGGCGCAGCGGACGUAUGCGAUGCUGGUGGAGAGGUAUAAUCCUGGCUCGGCGAUGGAUGAGGAAGAGAGGAUCAGGCUUACUGCUCGGAGGGUUGGGUUGGAUUUACCGGUUGAGGCGGAGAAGGAGGGAAUGUGAAUGGAUGGAUGGAUCUAUCUAUCUAUCUAUCUAUCUAUCUAC